GAGACAAAACGCGUAUAUAAGCUGUCUCUUCAGUAGCAUGAACAGUACAUAUCAUCUUGAGUGAUACCUACGCAAACGUCAAUAUGGUUCAGUGGACAGACUUCGAGCGCCAGACAAUCCAGAGCAUCUUCGGGAAGAUGGACUACGAUGACGUGGGUCCCGCGGCUCUUUCCAGGUGUCUGAUCGUGUACCCCUGGACCCAGAGGUAUUUUGGUAACUUCGGAAACCUCUCCAACGCCGCUGCCAUCCAGGGAAACCCCAAGGUCGCCGCUCACGGAAAGACGGUCCUGCAAGGAAUGGUCUUGGCUGUCAAGAACAUGGAUAACAUCAAGGCCACCUUCACAGAGCUGAGCGUGCUGCACUCCGAGAAACUGCGCGUGGAUCCAGACAACUUCCGGCUGCUGGCUGACUGCCUUACUAUUGUCGUUGCUGCGAGAAUGGGUGCUGCCUUCACCGCUGACGUCCAGGGUGCUUUCCAGAAGUUCCUAGCCGUCGUGGUGAGCUCCCUGUGCAGACAGUACUACUAGAGCGUUCGUUGCCUGCGUCAACAUAAACAGAGCCGCAUCCGGCGCCCUUCAUUGCAUGUCUCAAAACAGAUGUAUCGAUUCUGAAGGAAAAAUAAAGUGCUAAA